CUCAGCAAAGAAUUAAAUACUUUGUUAUGAUGCUGGUCAGAAAUACCGAGAUCCACAUAUGUUCAGAACUGAACCUUCAAGCUAAAAUACACUACCUAUAAUAUUUUGUUAAACUCAGGAAGUUGCAGGGAAAUUAAAUAUUUUUUGAAUCCAUCGACAAGCUUCUGUGUGGAAACUUAUCAGAAUUGGUAGAGGAUAGCUAAACUGGUUGACACACACAAGUUGAGGUGGCUUAACAUCAGCCUCCUAUCUGGUAUCCGUUCCAAAACUUGUUAAAGUUUUUGUUUUACUUUUAGUUUAGUUUCUUUGGCAUCUCCAUGUCUCAUGAUUGGUUCAUUUCUUUCAAAUAAAGCUCUCACUAUUGUCAAAAAAACUCCAAGAUAAUAAAAUUAUCAAAACAUUUUUACUUUUUUGGAGAUUUGAAAAUAAAAAACACUCUGAUUUAUAAAACAUGAUCACUUUAUGGACAAUCUGAGAGGACCUGAAUUACUUUUAUCUGAGUUUUGUUUAACAUUGUUGAGAGUAGCAUGCUGGAAAUAUUUGCGUCUCAUUUGGACAAAACUCCCACACUUGGCUUCUUUUAGAAAAGUGAGUGUUUUCACUUGUCCUUUACCAGCUUUUCACACUCAUUUGGCAUAUUAAUUCCAUCUCCUCUUUCAUUCACAGGUAUGAGGAGUUGGGAGCUGUUGGCGGCAUCCCCUGGGCAUGUUUUUGCUCUGUGUCUCUGGUUUACACGCAGACGAUCUGGGAGGCAGAAGAAAGACUGUCUAAAAAUAAACCACCAGCGGCAGAAAAACCUAAUUCCAACCCAACAGGGAGGGGGGGAAAGACCUCUCUUUCACCCUGUCUGAGUCUUUCUCCGCUCCGUUUCUGUGUCCUCAUUAAGAGCUGAGGGGAGGUCAUGUCCCAGUCUGGAAAAGUUCUUCAUCUUUAUGUGGAGGUGAGAUCUGCCCCAGAUCAGGCCAGGGAGAGCGACGAAGGGAUUGCUCAGAGGAUUCCAGUUGAGGACAGUCCUGUCGAGCUCCUCUCCCAGCUAACGAGCCAGACGGCUGCUGGAAGGACCGCCACAAGUCCCCAAUGCAUUCUGGACCAGAAUCACAGUCAGUCUCCAUCCCAACACACUGUCAACUUUCAGCUCCAAACAUCCAGCAGCUCACCUUCAGUCACCAAGCGCUGUAGCUCACCUCUACACUCAUCCCUCUUCUCUAGAAGAGUCGGCCGCCCUCUCACUCCUCCUGAUGGCCAGCGAUCUGUGGUCAGCUUCAGUUACGUCGAAAAGUCCAACGUGAAGACGUUGGACAGUUCCCGCAACUCCAUGUGCGAGAGACGAGCGGGAGAUGAGCUGUCCACGCCAUCUCGCUUUCAGAAGCGUCUCAGUGACCAAGUGUGGUUUGAUAGUCCCGGUUCGUCGUGCAGCUCAAGCCCCAAACUGAGUUUCCAAUCUCCAGAGAGUCACCAGCAGACCUUCUCCCCGGGACUUCGACAGCCGCGUUUGGAUCCGAUUGGCAGAGCAGCUACACAAAGGGCGGUGGAAGAGUUCGGUUCACCCUUACUGAGGAUUAAACUGGCCCACGCACUCGACCUCGAAGCCCCCUCACGUUACAGUCAGCAGCAACGCUGUCAGUCCUGGGCUGGGUCUCCAGUCCAGCAUCAGAACAUCAGAGUGAAUCCCAAAGAGCUCACAGAUAACAGUCAGGCUAUUCAUGGGUUGAGAAAUAUUCCUGGAUCAGAUCAGUCCGGAAAGGCGUCAGAGUCGAGGUCCUCCGCCGACCUUCAUUGUCCUCUUCAGAGUUCAACAGAGGAUGGGAGGAUGGCACAAAGUCCAGCUACCAAAAGACCCAAGAAAACUUCUCUGCAGGAAUUAAUCUUUCAACCAGGUAAUAACGCAGUCGAAGGUUUGAACCAGUUGAGCGGCAGCAAACCUUCGACUCCAGCUCACAGUCCCGAAGUCGCCCGCAGGCUAGCAGAGGAAGCUUCCAGAGUAUCUUCAAUGUUGACGGAGGCCAGGAGAUCCUCGUUGCACAACCAUUCUUCAGGCAUGAGCAGCUCAAACUCUGGAGAGUCCUCUCCAAACGCACAGCACUUUAAGCCAACGCUAAAGAUGAACAUCCCUUUAAAUGAUCAACACAUGCCAGCAAAUGAAAACACAGACUCUCACCAGCCGGAAAGCUCCAACUCUUCUCAUGGCACACGUCAGGAGGACUGCUUUCAGGAAGCCCAGCAUCAGAGCUCAGUUUUAUCAGCACAGCAGAGCUCCCCAGCCCUCCCUUCUCGAGUCGUCCGUCCCUCUCAUCCGCCCACUGAGAUCAGCUCUCCCAUCAGAGACCCAAGGCUUCUUCAAGCUGAGCUCCGAGCACCAGAAAGCCCCACCCUGCAUCGCUGCCAGACUCCCCAGUACACCGGGGACUCCUGGUCCCCAAGCCUGGACAGGAGAGGAGACCUGAGCUGUUUCGAGAAAGGGGACUGCACAGAGCUCUCACGCAGGCUCUUCAUCAACCAAAGCGUUGAAGAGGGGCCGGUCAGCUGGACGUCCAGGCAGCAGUGGAGGAGCCAGCUGGAGAACGAGUCUGGGUCCGAGUCCAGCAGUCACCAGCAAACCAGCCGACUGAGGCGGCCACUCAGCCCCACGGCCCAGCAGAAACGGGCCGAGCAGAGGAGGAGGGAGAUUCUUUUGCUUGGGCCUGUGGCACUGGACUCCGAAGAGGAGGAUGAGAGCUGUGAGGACGAAGGGCACGGUGAAGAGGCGGACGGAGGCGAUCCCAGAAGGGCAGGAGAAUCUCCAGAGGCGGAGCAGAACGGAGCGAUGACGGGUUCUUCCUCUCGGAGUUCCAGCGGCGUGACGGGGAGCUUCGGGGACAGAGACUCCUUGUCCCCAGAGUCCAGUCAGUCCAGUCACCAGAGCAACGAGACCGGCGUUGCCACUUCAGGAAUACAGACAGACAGUGGAAGUGCAGCUCCUGUUCCUUCUCUGCACUGUCAGAAGAUUGCUCGGGCCAAAUGGGAGUUCCUGUUCGGGACCUCUGCAGAGGAAACUACUGGCAAAAGGAGUAAAAAUUCCCUGGAGGCCUCCACAGCGCCCCCCAGUGGUAACUCCAGCGAGUCUCCCACCCCGACUCCUCCAUCCUCUCUGCCUCUGCUGUCGGCCAAUCACGACGUUCAGCACGUGGAGGUCGAGCUGGUGACUCCUCCCCCUGCCGCCAUCGGGAUGUCCCCCAAAACGGGCAUCAUUCGCCGGACGCUGAAGUAUUCCGAAACGGACCUGGAUGCCGUCCCGCUCCGCUGCUACCGCGAGACGGACAUCGACGAGGUUUUGCUGGCGGAGCAGGACGACGCCGACUCCGCCUUCGGCAGCAACCGCAGUGUGCAGGGCACAUCUGGGGCUGGGAGCAGCCCUCUGAGGGGGCUGGCCUAUAGGAGGACAGGUGGGGAGGAGAAAGAGGGGAGUGAGGAUGAAGAAGAGAAGGAUGAGGAAGAGGAAGAAGAGGAAAUGGUGAGCUGGGCGAGCGUGAGGAUGCAAGGCGACAGCAGGAAGCAGCGGUAUGCUGCUGAAGAGGACCCAGAGGUGUUUGGGCAUCUUCUGACGAGACCAAUGGAAACAUUUUUCGACAACCACAAUCCUGCCCUCAAGUCCCCCAUCCUGGUCUCUGGUCCCCGCUGCGCCGCUGAGGAUACAUUCAGCAGCCAUUUUGAGAGCAUCAUGGAGUCCCACCGAGCCAAAGGGACGUCCUACAACAGCCUGGACAGCGAGGAGCUGCUGACCUCCAGCACCCAAACUGUUCUGAGCUUCGAUCUGCCCACGCUGACGCCCGCCAUGCACGGGCCGGUGUACCAGAGCGCCCGUCAGAUUGUGCAGCUCAGCUUCGCCCCGUUGGCACACCACGAGAGGCCCAGUCUGUCCGAUUCUAUCUUUACGGUGACGGGGGACUCGGACGCCACGCGGGCCCCCUCCAGUGAGAGGCUGAGCAGCGGCUCGGAUGAUGUGAUGCCAAGAGGGCGAGAGUGUGCACAGCUGGGUAGCAGCUGGUACAUCAACCCGUCUUUCUCUUUGUCCAGCAGGGAGAAGGUCCGUCUGGCGACGGACUCCGAGCUGGACCAGGACCUCAGUGACCGGCUGGGUCUGGGCAGCAGCGACACCCUCACCAACGGCAGUCACCGUGGCGACGUGGCAGCCGCCAAACGACUCGCCAAGCGUCUCUUUCACUUGGAUGGAUUCAGGAAGUCGGACGUGUCGCGUCACCUCAGCAAGAACAAUGACUUCAGCCGCAUGGUUGCAGAAGAGUAUCUAAGCUUCUUCAGUUUUACCGGCCUCACCCUUGACCAAGCGCUGCGGACUUUCCUCAGGCAGUUUGCUCUGAUGGGGGAGACUCAGGAGAGGGAGAGGGUGCUGUCACACUUUUCCAGACGCUACUUGGAGUGCAACCCAAAAGUCCUGCCAUCUGAGGAUGCAGCUCAUACGCUCACCUGUGCCCUGAUGCUGCUGAACACCGACCUCCACGGUCAGAACAUUGGCAAGAGGAUGUCAUGCACACAGUUUAUUGGCAACCUUGAAGGACUGAACAGUGGCCAGGAUUUCCCCAAAGAUCUGCUCAAAGCGCUCUACAACUCAAUCAAGAAUCAGAAGCUGCAGUGGACGCUAGAUGAGGAAGAGCUGCGGAAGUCAUUUUCAGAGCUUGGGGACAGCCUCCUGGACUCCGACGCCUCCAGGCCGAUGAAGAGGGUGGGCAGCAGCGGGAAGCCCCUGUCGGACGGGACGGAGCCAACGGGAAUGCUGCUGUACAAGAACGGAUUGCUGGUGCGGAAAGUCCAUGCUGACUCAGACGGAAAGAGAACACCGAGAGGGAAGAGAGGCUGGAAGACUUUCUACGCCAUCCUUAAAGGGCUAAUUCUGUAUCUACAAAAAGGCGAGUACCGGCCCGAUAAGCAGCUGUCGGAUGAAGACCUGAAGAACGCCGUGUCCAUCCAUCAUUCUCUGGCAAUGAAGGCAUCAGACUACAGCAAGAGACCCAAUGUCUUCUACCUGCGGACGGCUGACUGGAGGGUUUAUCUCUUCCAGGCACCGAACGCUGAGCAGAUGCAGUCCUGGAUCACGCGUAUAAACACGGUGGCCGCCAUGUUCUCAUCUCCUCCCUUCCCAGCAGCCAUCGGCUCCCAGAAGAAGUUCAGCCGACCGCUGCUGCCAGGAACGAUGUCCAAACUGUCCGAGGAGGAGCAGAUCAGAUCCCAUGAAGCUCGGUUCAGAGCCGUCUCCACUGAUCUCGCUGAGCUGCGGUCUUUUCCUCCGGACCGCAAGGUCAAAGGCCGGGAGCUGGAAGAGUACCGCCUGCGAGACGAGUAUCUGGACUUUGAGAAAACUCGGUAUGGGACAUACAUCAUGCUGCUGCGGGCCAAGAUCCGAAGCGGCGAGGAGGACCUCUCCGUGUUCGAGUCGCUGCUCCUGGAGGACAGCAGCCUGCAGAGGGCACACUCCAGCCCCACGCUGCAGGACAGCAGCCUGGCCAGCCAGGCCAGCAGCAGCAGGGGCACUAGCAGUAAAGCCAGCGCCUGCAGCAGCAGCAAACCUCGACAGGAAGGACAGAGAAACAGCUACAGACAGGCUGUCAAGAAGUGAAGCGCGGCGGGGGCGCCGGG